AGCAUCCUCGGUGUUCGCGUGUCCUCCCGGCUCUGCAUCUUGUCUUACUCCUCCGCCGGCGCGAUGGCGAAGCCGCUGACGGACAGCGAGAAGCGGAAGCAGAUCAGUGUGCGCGGCAUCGCGGGGCUGGGCGACGUGGCCGAGGUGCGGAAGAGCUUCAAUCGGCACCUGCACUUCACGCUGGUCAAGGACCGCAAUGUGGCCACGCCCCGCGACUACUUCUUCGCGCUGGCUCACACUGUGCGGGACCACCUGGUGGGCCGCUGGAUCCGCACGCAGCAGCACUACUACGAGCGCGACCCCAAGCGCAUCUAUUAUCUUUCCCUGGAAUUCUACAUGGGCCGCACACUGCAGAACACGAUGGUGAACCUGGGCCUUCAGAAUGCUUGUGAUGAAGCCAUUUAUCAGCUGGGGUUGGACUUGGAAGAACUAGAGGAAAUAGAAGAGGACGCUGGCCUCGGGAACGGAGGCUUGGGGAGGCUGGCAGCCUGCUUCCUUGACUCGAUGGCCACAUUGGGCCUGGCAGCAUAUGGCUAUGGAAUCCGCUAUGAGUUUGGGAUUUUUAACCAGAAGAUUGUCAAUGGCUGGCAGGUGGAGGAGGCCGAUGACUGGCUGCGCUACGGCAACCCCUGGGAGAAGGCCCGGCCGGAGUACAUGCUGCCUGUGCACUUCUACGGGAGGGUGGAGCACAGCCCGGAGGGCGUCAAGUGGCUGGACACCCAGGUGGUGCUGGCCAUGCCCUACGACACCCCGGUGCCUGGCUACAGGAACAACACCGUCAACACUAUGAGGCUGUGGUCCGCCAAGGCACCCAACGACUUCAAGCUCCAUGACUUUAAUGUGGGUGGCUACAUCGAGGCAGUCCUGGACAGGAACCUGGCCGAGAACAUCUCCAGAGUCCUCUAUCCAAAUGAUAAUUUCUUCGAGGGGAAGGAGCUCCGCCUGAAGCAGGAGUACUUUGUGGUGGCUGCCACCCUCCAGGACAUCAUUCGCCGCUUUAAGUCCUCCAAGUUCGGCUGCCGGGACCCAGUGAGAACCUGUUUCGAGACAUUCCCAGACAAGGUUGCCAUCCAGCUGAACGACACCCACCCAGCCCUUGCCAUCCCUGAGCUCAUGCGGAUACUGGUGGACGUGGAGAAAGUGGACUGGGACAAGGCCUGGGAAAUCACAAAGAAGACCUGUGCAUACACCAACCACACCGUGUUACCCGAGGCCUUAGAGCGCUGGCCUGUGUCCAUGUUUGAGAAGCUCCUGCCACGGCACCUGGAGAUCAUCUACACCAUCAACCAGAGGCACCUGGAUCACGUGGCCGCCCUGUUCCCCGGGGACGUGGACCGCCUGCGAAGGAUGUCUGUGAUCGAGGAAGGGGACUGCAAGCGGAUUAACAUGGCCCACCUGUGUGUGAUCGGGUCCCAUGCUGUCAACGGCGUGGCGAGGAUCCACUCGGAGAUUGUGAAGCAGUCAGUCUUUAAAGACUUCUAUGAGCUGGAGCCAGAGAAGUUCCAGAAUAAGACAAAUGGCAUCACACCCCGACGGUGGCUGCUGCUGUGUAACCCGGGGCUGGCCGGCACCAUCGCAGAGAAAAUCGGGGAGGGUUUCCUGACUGACCUGAGCCAACUGAAGAAGCUGUUGCCAUUGGUUGAUGACGAGGCACUCAUCAGGGAUGUGGCCAAGGUCAAGCAGGAAAACAAGCUGAAGUUCUCUGCCUUCCUGGAGAAGGAAUAUAAGGUGAAAAUCAACCCUUCCUCCAUGUUCGACGUGCACGUAAAGAGGAUCCACGAGUACAAGCGGCAGCUGCUGAACUGCCUGCAUAUCAUCACCCUGUACAACCGAAUAAAGAAGGACCCAGCCAAGGCCUUUGUGCCCAGGACUGUCAUGAUCGGGGGCAAGGCGGCCCCCGGUUACCACAUGGCGAAGAUGAUCAUCAAGCUGGUCACAUCCAUCGGCAGUGUCGUCAACCACGAUCCAAUUGUGGGCGACAAGCUCAAAGUGAUCUUCCUGGAAAACUACCGAGUGUCUUUGGCUGAGAAAGUGAUCCCCGCAGCAGACCUGUCGCAGCAGAUCUCCACUGCAGGCACCGAGGCCUCGGGCACGGGCAACAUGAAGUUCAUGCUCAACGGGGCCCUCACCAUUGGUACCAUGGAUGGAGCCAACGUGGAGAUGGCCGAGGAAGCUGGGGCUGAGAACCUCUUCAUCUUUGGCAUGCGUGUGGAGGAUGUCGAGGCCCUGGACCGGAAAGGGUACAAUGCCAGAGAAUACUAUGACCGCCUGCCCGAGCUAAAGCAGGCCGUGGACCAGAUCAGCAGCGGUUUCUUCUCUCCCAAGGAACCAGACUGCUUCAGGGACGUGGUCAACAUGCUGCUGAACCACGACAGGUUCAAGGUGUUUGCAGAUUAUGAAGCGUACGUGGCAUGCCAGGCCCAGGUGGACCAGCUGUACCGGAACCCCAGGGAGUGGACCAAGAAGGUCAUCAGGAACAUCGCCUGCUCGGGCAAGUUCUCCAGUGACCGGACCAUCACAGAGUACGCCCGGGACAUCUGGGGCGUGGAGCCCUCUGACCUGCAGAUCCCGCCCCCCAACCUCCCCAGGGAUUAGGCACUCUGGCAAUGGUCUGCUGUUUCUGGAGGGCCAUGGGGAUUGUGCUGGUGGCUUGGGGUGGGCAAGGAAGGAAAAGCUCAAAAAGGGAGACGCUCCCCGGUUUCCUGCAGGAAAGCAGAGCUUGCAGCCCUGCCCAGGGCAGCUGGCCCCACAGCUUUAGCUCACCUGCCCCAAGGAGGUGGGGAAGGUGGAGCCACCAGCUGGGCUCCUCUGAGACCUUGCACGCACCUUGCAGUGAGCUUGUUUUUAGUUUUGAGCCUCUGGAUUCUGGGGUCUGGGCAGGUAGCUGUGGCGAAGCCUGGGGAACUGUGUUUUCUGCACCACACGUGCUGGCCCACUGCAUGGGCUUCCGGCCUCCUGGCCGUGCUAGUACUCUGGCCAAGCCUGCCGCUGCUGAGUGGGUGCUCUGGCCCAGGGUUUCCAGACUGAUCAGAUAAAGGGGCCCUAGG